UGCAAGGAUUGAAUUAAUGGUUACUUAAAAUGGCACACACCGAAAAUAUUCCGGUUAACACGUUCCGGAAUUACCUCAAUAUACUAAAUGAUCCGGCAGCGAACGAUGAAAUCAAGCUGAAAGCCACACAGGAGUUGAGUGAACAUUUCGAAAUGAUCCUAAAUUCUCCCUCUUAUCCGUCUUUCUUGGAAAACGCUCUCAAGAUCUUUACACGCAUCCUGCAAGAUGGUGAACCACAAUUUGUGCAGGAAAAUACAAUUCAACACAUUCGCAAAUUGAUUUUGGAGAUGAUACACCGAUUGCCCAUAACGGAGAAUUUAAGACAGCAUGUCAAAUCAAUCAUAACAAUGAUGCUCAAACUAUUAAAAACAGAUAAUGAAGAAAAUGUUCUCAUAAGUCUGCGUAUAAUAAUUGAGCUGCAUAAACAUUUUCGGCCAUCAUUUAAUCCCGAAAUUCAGCUAUUUUUGGGGUUCGUCAAGGAAAUUUAUACAAAUCUGCCGAAUAACCUAACAUCAAUAUUUGAAACAACAAACGACAUUUGGAUAACUGACUUAAAGGAUUUGGAUUUAGAAAUGCUUUUACCUGAAACGUAUUCAAUAAAAACCAUACAUGUAGAGAAACCACAAGAGCAGCACUCUCAGCAAAUGAUUUAUAAUCUUCUUCCUCGUGGUAUUCUGUCCUUGAAAGUUCUUCAAGAGUUGCCCAUCAUCGUUGUGAUGAUGUACCAAAUAUAUAAAAAUGCUGUCCACCAAGAGGUUGCCGAAUUCAUUCCAUUGAUAUUAACAACUAUCAAUUUACAGCCAACUGUAAUUCAAAGAAACUCUGCACAAAAGGAAGUUUUCGUGGACUUUAUGGGGGCACAAGUUAAAACGCUUUCAUUUUUAGCAUAUAUUGUGCGAAUUUAUCAGGAUGUGGUGAUAGCUAACUCAUUAUCUGUAUCCAAUGGUAUGCUGAAUCUAAUGGAACAUUGCCCAAAAGAGGCUGCACAUCUUCGAAAAGACCUUUUAAUUGCUGCACGUCAUAUAUUCGCCACAGACUUACGCCAGAAAUUCAUACCAUCGAUUGAGAAAUUGUUCGAUGAAGAUUUACUGAUUGGCAAAGGUGUUACUCUGGACUCCAUUCGCCCAUUGGCGUACUCAACGUUAGCUGAUCUUGCCCAUCAUGUCCGACAAAGCUUGAGCUUGGAUGUCUUGAUAAAAGCAGUACAUUUGUUUGCAAAAAAUGUUCACGAUGAGACUCUUGCUGUGGGCAUACAGACAAUGUCGUGUAAGCUUUUAUUGAAUUUAGUAGAUUGCUUGCGACAUCACAGUGAACUUGAGCCUGUGCGAUCGAGAAAUAUUCUGGGAACGCUUCUGAAAGUGUUCGUAAAGAAGUUCGAAACUAUUGCUCAAAUUCAGCUUCCACAUAUUAUACAAAAGUGCAAGGGACAAUCUCCAACUGGUGCUUCAACAAACAUGACUGGUUCAUUUACUUUACCUUCCUUACCUGUUACAGAAUUAAAAGAGGAUCAGCUGGGGAGCGACCAAGCUAAAAUGUCGACGACUGCCAACCAAAUUGCUUGCACAGCUGUAGCUGAAUAUCGAAGUUUGGUCAAAACACUUGUUGGAGGAGUAAAGACAAUUACUUGGGGAUUUUUUAACUCAAAGACUCAGGUUGCAGAACCAAGCGUACAGGAUAAACUAUUUAAUCCGGAGAUAUUAUGCACAUAUAUUGAUCUAGUGCAUUAUGCAAUGGAAGCUUUGGAUAUAUAUACAAUAAAUGUUAACCCAAAUCAACAGCGCUCAUCUGGAUUAAUUUCACGCAGUAAAGAGGAAAAAGAGGUUUUAGAACACUUUAGCGGCAUUUUCCUCAUGAUGCAUUCUCAGAAUUUCCAAGAAAUAUUUGCCACCUCAAUUGAUUUUCUGGUUGAAAGAAUCUACAAAAAUCAAUCUCUUCAAGUAAUAGCCAACUCUUUUCUGGCGAAUCCCACAACGUCGCCACUCUUUGCAACCGUGCUGGUUGAGUAUCUUUUGGAGAAAAUGGAAGAAAUGGGUUCGAACGUUGAACGAUCUAAUUUGUAUCUCAGACUUUUUAAGCUUGUCUUCGGAAGCGUAAGCCUAUUUCCAGUGGAAAACGAACAAAUGCUGCGCCCCCAUUUACAUAAAAUUGUUAUUCGUUCCAUGGAGUUGGCAUUGAUUUCAGAUGAGCCUUACAACUAUUUCUUGCUGCUUAGGGCACUAUUCAGAUCAAUUGGCGGUGGAAGCCAUGAUCUGUUAUAUCAAGAAUUUCUGCCCCUGUUACCCAACUUGCUGGAAGGCCUAAAUCGAUUACAAAGUGGAUUUCACAAGCAACAUAUGCGAGAUCUAUUUGUGGAACUUUGCUUAACAGUACCUGUUCGUCUCUCAUCUUUGUUGCCCUAUCUACCUAUGCUUAUGGAUCCAUUGGUAUCGGCCUUGAACGGGUCCCCCACGCUUAUAAGCCAGGGCUUAAGAACUUUGGAGCUGUGUGUGGAUAAUUUGCAACCAGAUUUCUUGUAUGAUCAUAUACAACCCGUACGGGCAGCAUUAAUGCAGGCAUUAUGGAAAACACUGCGAAACCAGGAUAAUGCAGCGCUUGUUGCUUUUCGCGUUCUUGGAAAAUUCGGUGGAGGUAACCGAAAAAUGAUGGUUGAACCGCAAACGUUGCACUAUGAUCAGAACGAAAAGCCAAAGAUCUCGAUAGUUACGUAUUUCCAAGAAUAUGAGAAACCAAUUGAAUUCCCCGUUGAUUAUGCAAUCGAGUCAGCCUUUAAGGCAUUGAGCUCAAACACAACAGAUCAGUUUUAUCGACGACAAAGUUGGGAAGUAAUCCGUUGUUUUCUCGCAGCAUUUAUUAGCUUAGAUGAUGAGAAACAUACGUUGUUAAAGCUGUUUACUCAUACGGACUUUGUCGAAGGCAAUAUUAUGAGUUGGCCAAUAUUUCACAACAAAAUCCACACAUCGAGUGUGCGCGGAACACAUCUGACAGCUCUCAUUGGAAUGUUGGUUGCCUCAGCUACGAAAGAUCUACGCGAUUCAGUCUGUCCCGUAAUGGCUGCGGUUGUCAGACACUACACAAUGGUGGCAAUUGCUCAACAGGCCGGGCCAUUCCCACAAAAGAGCUAUAUAUCAAAUGGAAUUGAUCCGAUGGUGUUAAUUGAUGCUCUGGCCGCUUGCAUGGGCCAUGAAGAGAAGGAGUUGUGCAAGCCCGGAAUUGUUUGCAUGGGUAUCAUAUUGCACACGGCCACAAAUAUAAUGGGCAAUAAAGAGCGAGCUUGCAAAUUGCCCAUAAUGCAAUAUUUGGCUGAGAGAAUGACAGCAUUGUGUUACGACCGUCCAUGGUAUGCAAAAGUUGGCGGUUGCCAGGCCAUUCAGUUCCUGUGCAAGCAUAUGUCUCUACGUGCCCUCUACCAGCAUCUAUUCAACUUCCUGAAAGCCUUUAUGUUUGUGCUGAUGGAUCUCGAGGGAGACGUUUCCAAUGGUGCACUUGAAAUAACAAAAAGCUAUAUGAAAACCAUGUUGGAGAUUUGCCUGUCUCCCAUUAGUGCAAAUUCUAGAAAUGAUGAACUGGAAGAGUUACAAUCGAAGGCCACAUAUGAAGUGAUUCAUGAGCUCGUCCGUCAUAUAACAAGUCCUAAUUCCAUUGUGAGAGAAGAAUCCAUGGUAUUAUUAAACCACAUUGGAUCUAUACAAAAAAAGACUGUUUCUGAGGUUAUGGACCCCCAUAAAGACGUCCUGGCCGAUAUUAUACCACCGAAAAAACAUUUAUUAAGACAUCAACCAGCCAAUGCUCAAAUUGGCUUAAUGGAUGGUAAUACGUUUUGUACAACUUUGGAACCACGUCUCUUUACAAUUGACUUAACAAAUACGUACCACAAGUUAUUCUUCCACGAGCUGCUCACCUUGAGUGAAGCCGAAGAUUCCACAUUGACCAAAUUGGAUUGCUAUAAGAAUGUCACAAACCUUAUACCACUACGAAUAAGUGCAUUGAGAGCGUUGGCAGCUUGCCACUAUAUAAACGACAUUGGAUAUAAAGAAAAGAUAAUAAACAUUAUUUUUAAAGUCAUGGAGAAUGAUAAAUCGGAGUUGCAGGAAACAUCUUAUCUUUGUAUGAAAACGUUUAUUACUGGCAUAACGCUUGAGAGAGAGAAGGUUCAAGCGGCAAUGCGACCUUUACUGGCCAAACUUGGAGAUCACAGAAACUUGUCCAUACCGGCAAUAAAACGAUUAUCGUAUUUCACACAACUUUUUCCACAAAUGUUCAAUGAAAAACUAAGCGAGCAAAUAUUGCAGCAUUGUGCCAAAAUCAUUGAAAUAUUUGUCGGCCAAUAUAAGUGCACGAACGAGAACAUCAAUUUCUUUGCCACAUCGAAAGGCGGAGAGUACGAACAGAAAAUUGUUACUCUCAUCGAAAUGUUUUACCAUAUAACAGCAUCAUCGAAAUAUAUCGAAAAGUUAUGUCAACUGGUACUGCAAACUGAAAAGAAUCUAAUGAUCGAGGCAUCUAGCCCAUAUCGCGAAGCAUUGAUUAUGUUCCUUCAACGUUUCCCAGUGGAGACCGUGGACUUAUUUAUGAUUGAUUCCUUUAUGAAUGAUUCGCAAUGGAAUCGCUUUUUUAUAUUUUUAUUAAAGCACAAAAAUGGCCAACCUUUCCGAACAGUUGUGAAGAACUCGAAGUACACCAUCCUUUUGGAGUAUUUAAAUUGGACAACAGAUGUUGGUAAUCUUCAGAAAUACGAUGUCCAACACCAAGCGGUCCUCAUCAUCUACACACUCAUGGAACUAGAUGAGCAGUGGAUACCAACGCGGCCGGACAUUGUCGAUGCUUUGCGAAACAUGUGGCGCAUAAGUUUGUACUCAACUUGUUUGGAGAACGUUGCCUGUGAUUUAUGGCAUUUGGUGGGCAAAAUACUCCUGCUAUAUUUUUCGAACAACACAAAUGAUAUCGAUCUGCUAUUUCAACUGUUGAGAGCACUAUGCUUACACUUUAUACCUGAUACAUAUUUCCUGCGUGAUUUCUUGCAAAAUACAGUGGCACAAAGCUAUACCGUCAACUGGAAAAGAAAUGCAUUUUUCCAUUUCGUUGAGAAUUUCAAUAACAACACAUUUUCCGAGGAUUUGAAAGCAAAAAUCAUAACAGCAGUCAUAAUUCCAUGUUUUACCGUCAGCUUUGACAAAGGUGAAGGAAAUAAGUUGAUUGGAGCACCACCAACACCCUAUCAAGAGGAUGAAAAGAAUAUUGUCUCGGUGUUCAUUAAUAAAGUUUUUGAUCCCGACAAACAGUACGAUGAUGCAGUGAGAAUCGCUUUGUUACAGCUCGCCUGCCUGCUUGUAGAACGUGCUUCUCAACACAUACACGACGGCGAUGCCAAUAAUAAGAGGCAAGGCAAUAAACUCAGACGCCUGAUGACAUUUGCCUGGCCCUGUCUACUAAGCAAGAACUGCGUAGAUCCAACGGCACGCUAUCAUGGACAUUUACUGCUUGCCCACAUCAUUUCAAGACUGGCGAUUCAUAAGAAAAUCGUACUACAAGUUUUCCAUUCAUUGCUAAAGGGACAUGCCCUGGAGGCAAGACCCAUUGUCAAGCAGGCUCUCGAUGUCCUUACGCCAGCAAUGCCGUUGCGCAUGGAAGAUGGGAACACAAUGUUAACUCACUGGACAAAGAAGAUUAUCGUUGAAGAAGGUCAUGCGAUACAGCAGCUGUUCCACAUUCUUCAGCUGAUUAUUCGUCAUUAUAAGGUUUAUUUCCCUGUCAGACACCAGUUGGUGCAGCAUCUUAUUAACUAUAUGCAACGUUUGGGAUUUCCGCCAAGUGCUUCUAUUGAACAUAAAAAAUUGGCUGUGGAUUUAGCGGAAGUUAUAAUCAAAUGGGAACUACAUCGUAUAAAACAGGAUGAAAGAGAUGUUAAAGCGGAAGAAUCUGAAGAUAACCUAAGGGAAGGUCAACAUAAGCGUCCGGGCACCGAAGCAUCUGAAUUCCGCAAAAAAUCAGCUGAGAGCUCAACACCAUCCACUGUGCAAGGAGUGGGAAGUCACACAAAAUCUGAGGACGUUUUGCGAUCCAUCGAUAAGUCGUAUUGCGAUACUGUUCUCAAUUUCCUAAUCCGUUUGGCAUGUCAAGUCAAUGAUCCACAGCCGGGAAUCAUUUCACCAGGCGAAAAUUUAUCAAGAAGAUGUGUCAUGCUGCUGAAAUCGGCAAUGCGUCCAGAAAUUUGGCCGCAACCAUUUGAUAUCAAAAUUAAUUGGCUGGAUAAAGUGCUGACAACAAUUGAGACGCCGCAUCACAACUUGAGUAAUAUAUGCACUGCCAUAGAUUUCCUCACGUUCCUGACCACAAUCCUAAGUUCGGAGCAAUUGGUGACAAUUGUGCGGCCAGUUCAACGGGGCCUUUCAUUAUGCAUUAUACACCAGAAUACGAGGAUUGUGCGCCUAAUGCAUAUAUUUCUAACACGACUUAUGGCAAUAUUUCCCCCAGAUGCACAGCAUAAACACAAUGAUCUGGAUGUUCUAUAUAGCGCCAUUAGCAAAAUGAUAACGGACAAUCUGACAUUCUAUGAGAAAAGUCCACAGCCAAAUGCGUCAUCUCUAUUUGGCACCUUAAUGAUUUUAAAAGCUUGCACCACAAACAAUCCAAGCUAUAUUGAUCGCAUAUUAGUGCAAUUCAUUCGCGUCCUAAAUCGUCUUACAAAGGAUCACAUUAAUAUUAAUACAAAUAGUGGCGCUACCACGCAACCAACUGAUUCCAAUUCAUUGGCUUUGGAACUGUUGGUCUUAUCAUUGGAGUUGAUCAAAAACAGAGUGAUUGUGAUGAGUGUUGAAAUACGGAAACUGUUCAUUGGCACUAUUUUGGUUAGCCUAAUUGAGAAGAGCUCUGAAGUGAAAAUUCUAAAAUGUAUAAUUAAAAUGCUUGAUGAUUGGGUAAAAAAUAAGGAUGCCAAUAUCGCAACACACGUUCCAUCGAUAAGAGAAAAGUCCGCGUUAUUAGUCAAAUUAAUGCAAUAUGUUGAGAAGAAAUUCGCCGAUGAAGUUGAGCUAAAUGUGCACUUUUUGGAAAUAAUCAACUUUAUAUAUCGUGACGAAGUUCUCAAGCAAACUGAGUUAACGAGCAAAUUGGAAGGUGCCUUUUUAAAUGGACUUCGCUUCCAAAAUCCCCAUAUUCGCGCAAAGUUCUUUGAGAUUUUAGAUUCAUCAAUGCGUCGCAGAUUGCACGAUAGAUUGCUGUACAUAUUGUGCUCACAAGCAUGGGAUACGAUUGGAUCGCAUUAUUGGAUAAAGCAGUGCAUCGAGCUGCUGAUUUUAACAGCAAACACAAUGACUCAGAUUCAAUGCUCGAAUGAAGCUUUCAAAAUUCCCUGCAUAAGUUCUGUGAUUCCAACAAGCUCAACUGAUUCUCAGGAAAAUUCAUUUGUAUCAUUUCUAUCCUCACAAUCGGAAUCAUUUGAAAACGUGCAAAGUGUCGAUGACAAAGACGACGUUUUCGAUAUUGAUUUAAAAUUGGAAUUCACCUCCGUUCGCAAAGAAGACUGCCACCAAAUACUUCCGACAAGACGCGAAACUUUAGUGGAACUAAUUUACAAGCAGGCCGAAUUCCUCGAAGCAAAUCGAAAUAUAAGAACAGAUCAAAUGCUUGUCGCCACAUCACAGCUAUGCCACAUGGAUACACAAUUGGCCGAAAGCGUUUGGCUAUCAAUUUUCCCCAGUAUAUGGAAUAUAUUUACGGAAGAUCAACGAAUGAAUAUAUCAAAGGAAUUGAUACCCUUCCUUUCAUCGGGCACAAACGUUAAUCAGAAAGAUUGUAGUCCGAGCACGCUAAAUACAUUUGUCGAGGGCCUAACUAAAUGUACACCCUCGAUUUAUAUUCCACCGAACCUGCUGACAUAUUUGGGUAAAUCGCAUAACCUUUGGCAUCGUGCCAUUUUAGUGUUAGAGGAUUUGGCCUUGGCCCACUCGGCCAGAAAUGAUGUGGCGGAAGUUAGUCAGCCAGAGUCCGAUCAACAGUAUUUGAAUAACAUCUAUGACUCGCUCUCGAAAAUGUACUCUGCCAUGCACGAAGAAGAUCUGUGGGCGGGUCUUUGGCUAAAGUUCGGACACUAUCCCGAAACAAACAUUGCCAUAUCCUAUGAACAGAUGGGAUUCUUUGAGGAAGCACAAGGCGCCUAUGAUCUGGCUAUGACGAAAUUCAAGCAGGAUUUAAACAGUGGUCUAAUUAAUAUUGAUGUUAAUAGCGAACUAUUGUUGUGGGAGAAGCAUUGGAUGCGCUGCGCCAAGGAACUAAAUCAAUGGGAUAUUUUAUUGGAUUAUGCGCAAACAAAUCGAGAGAAAAAUAUGUUCCUCAUCCUGGAAAGUUCGUGGCGAGUACCUGACUGGAGUCUAAUGAAGAACGCAUUGUCCAAAACGGAGCAGUGUUAUUCAAAGCAAUAUGGAUUUAAAUUGAAUCUGUAUAAGGGAUACUUAUCGAUACUGUAUCAAGAGGAUAAACAAGCGUCCAGUGUCGAGCGUUAUGUUGAAAUCGCUUCCAGCUUAUGUAUUAGGGAGUGGCGUCGCCUUCCCAAAAUCGUUUCACACAUUCAUCUGCCAUAUCUUCAGGCUUCGCAGCAAAUUAUGGAGCUGCACGAGGCAAGUCAAAUUCAUCAGGGCCUAACGCAAUCGAGAAAUUCAUCCUUGCAUGACAUGAAAGCCAUUGUAAAGACCUGGCGUAAUCGUUUACCCGUCAUCUCUGACGAUUUAUCACAUUGGAGUGAUAUAUUUACGUGGCGGCAGCAUCACUAUCAAAUAAUCACCCAGCACUUGGAACAACAAUCGGAUCAGGGAAGCACUAUGCUGGGAGUUCAUGCUUCAGCGCAGGCAAUUAUAUCAUUUGGCAGAAUUGCUAGAAAACAUAACCUGACCGGCGUAUGCCAGGAAACAUUAUCCAGAAUAUAUACCAUACCAUCCGUUCCAAUUGUGGAUUGUUUUCAGAAAAUACGCCAGCAAGUAAAAUGCUACUUACAAAUGCCCUCAACAUCGGGACGCAACGAAAUCAACGAGGCUCUCGAAGUAAUUGAGUCAACAAAUUUGAAAUAUUUCACACCCGAAAUGAAUGCGGAGUUUUAUGCGUUGAAGGGCCUUCUGUUGGCACAAAUUGGACGCACAGAUGAGGCAGGCAAAUCGUUUAGUGCCGCAGUUCAACUUCACGAUGGACUCACAAAAGCCUGGGCAAUGUGGGGCGAAUAUAUGGAACAGAUAUAUUUGAGGGAAAAGCAAAUAUCAAUUGGCGUUAAUGCAUUAAUCUGUUAUCUGCAUGCGUGUCGCAAUCAAAAUGAAAGUAAAACCAGGAAAUACAUUGCGAAAGUGUUGUGGUUCUUAUCAUAUGAUAAUUCAAGCGACACUUUAAUAAGCACAUUUGAAAAAUAUGUCUCGGGGAUUCCUCCGCCUUAUUGGUUGCCAUGGAUACCGCAACUUCUGUGUUGCCUGGAGCAAUUUGACGGCGAUGUUAUAUUAAAUCUAUUGAGUCAGAUUGGACGACUUUAUCCUCAAGCGGUAUACUUUCCGAUUCGUACCUUAUAUCUUACUUUAAAGAUUGAACAGCGGGAGAAACACAAAUCGGCUGAACAGGCAGUAUUUGCUGGUAAACUAACAUCAACCAAUUUGGAAAAUAUGUCUUCAAUUUGUGGCAGAAAUCAAGUGACGGUUGCCUCCGUUAAUCCAAUCAAAGCCACACCACCUAUGUGGAGGUGUUCAAAAGUAAUGCAACUGCAGCGUGAAGUUCAUCCGACGAUCUUAAGCUCACUCGAAGGAAUUGUGGAUCAAAUGGUUUGGUUUAGGGAGAGUUGGACAGAAGAAGUUCUACGUCAGCUGCGUCAAGGCUUGAUUAAAUGCUACGCCAUCGCAUUUGAGAAUCGAAGCACUGUGGUUAAUGCAACGAUAACACCACAUACAUUACACUUUGUCAAGAAACUGGGAUCAACCUUUGGCAUUGGAAUUGAAAAUGUGCCCGGAUCUGUCACUUCAUCAAUAUCUCACUCGGCUGCAUCCGAGUCUCUGGCACGCCGCGCUCAAGUUACCUUCCAAGAUCCCGUUUUCCAAAAGAUGAAAGAACAAUUCACAAAUGAUUUCGAUUUUUCAAAGCCCGGGGCUAUGAAAUUACACAAUCUAAUAUCAAAAUUAAAGACGUGGAUCAAAGUGUUGGAAGCGAAGGUUAAAAAAUUACCGACAUCCUUCCUAAUCGAAGACAAAUGCAGGUUCCUCUCCAAUUUUAGUCAAAAGACCGCAGAGGUCGAACUUCCGGGAGAAUUGUUGAUUCCAUCCUCAUCUCAUUAUUAUGUGCGAAUUGCGCGAUUUAUGCCACGAGUCGAAAUUGUGCAGAAAAAUAAUACUGCCGCUCGAAGGCUAUACAUAAGAGGUACAAAUGGAAAAAUAUACCCUUACCUGGUGGUUCUCGAUUCUGGACUUGGAGAUGCUCGCCGUGAGGAAAGAGUAUUACAGCUGAAGCGAAUGCUUAACUAUUAUUUGGAGAAGCAAAAGGAAACCAGUCGUCGAUUUUUGAACAUAACUGUGCCGCGAGUGGUUCCGAUCUCACCACAAAUGCGCCUGGCCGAAGAUAACCCCAACAGUGUCUCCUUGCUCAAGAUAUUCAAAAAGUGCUGUAAUAAUGUCAAAAUUGACUAUGACAUGCCGAUCGUCAGGUAUUACGAACGCCUCUCGGAAGUUCAAGCGCAGGGUACACCGAUUUCACACACAAUUUUAAGAGAGAUUUUCACUGAAGUUCAAUGGACGAUGGUCUCAAAAACACUGCUACGUCAAUGGGCUCUAAACACAUUUGCCGCAGCCACGGACUAUUGGCAGUUUAGAAAAAUGUUAACACUUCAGUUGGCGCUUUCAUAUCUUUGUGAGCAUGCUCUAAAUUUGACGCGCCUCAAUCCCGAUAUGAUGUAUCUUCAUCAGGACUCUGGACUCAUGAAUAUUUCAUACUUUAAAUUUGAUAUAAACGAUGAUAAGGAGCAGUUCAAUCAACAUCGUCCGGUACCAUUCCGACUUACCCCAAAUAUUGGUGAAUUCAUAACAAACAUUGGAAUAUCCGGGCUAUUAUCGGCGGCAAUUGUGGCCACAGCCCGCUGUUUCAUUCAGCCAAAUUACAAACUUAGUUCUAUAUUACAAACGAUUCUUCGAGAUGAAAUCAUAACCCUGCAAAAGAAAGGAAUACGAAGUAAACUGCUGGAUGCAUCGGAUGAUCCUUGUAUUGAUAGCAACUCAAUGGAAAACACAAUUCGAGCUGUAAAUUCGGCUGUGGAUAUUAUAUUAUUGCGAUUGAAUAAGAUCUCCUAUUUCGACAACAUUGAAAAGAAAAAGGUUUCGGCUCUUAUUCAAUCCGCAACUAAUGUGGACAAUCUGUGUCGCAUGGAUCCGGCUUGGCAUCCUUGGCUUUAAGUUCAAGCAUAAGCUAAAAGAUUUAAAUACUAGAAUAUAACUAGAAUAAGCUUAAAGUUAAAAUAAACUCUUAAUGUGUACUGUAAAAAACAAAACAAUAUGUUAUAUUGACUGUG